GAUUAUAAAUUGCACCGGGCUUAUAAACAUUUCAACGGAGCUGGAAGUUGAAAGAAUGUUCCGGGAUGUGUAUAUAAAGCCAGUAGAAGACUGACAGCAACAUCAGCUCAAUAUCAUCUUUGCCUCAUCUAUAUCCAGCAAAAUGACCAGCUACACCAACAAAAAAGCCGUGAUAAUUGGCGGCACCCACGGUAUAGGCCUCGCAACUGCGGAGCUUCUCCUCAACUCUGGCGCUCAAGUCCUCCUAACAGGGCGCAGCCAACAACCCAUCGAAGCCGCAAGGGCCCAGCUCGACGAAAAGGCACACAUCAUACAAAGCGACAUAACAGCCCUCACCAACAUCGACAACCUCGUCCUCGAAACCAAGUCCAUCUUCGGCACCGACCCCCAGAUCGACUUUCUCUUCAUCAACGCCGGCUAUGCCCAACUUGAACCCUUUGCCAGCGUCACGGAGGAGUCCUUCGCGCGCACAUUCAACACGAAUGUAUUUGGCUCGUUCUUCGUCGCGCAGCGCUUUGCACCGCUUAUCCGCGACGGCGGCGCAAUCGUCUUUACCUCCUCUGUCUCGGCGAAGAUGGGGUUCCCGGGUAUGGCUGUGUACAGUGCCUCCAAGGCAGCGGUGGGCUCGCUAGUCCAGUGUAUGGCGUCUGAGCUUGCGUCUCGCGGGGUGAGGGUUAACGCUGUGACGCCUGGGUUUGUCAAGACGCCGACGAUGGGCGUUUCGGGGGUUACUAGUGACCAGCUGGUGGAGUUUGAGGAGGAAGGGUCUAGGGUUACGCCGCUGGAUAGGAUUGGGAGGGCAGAGGAGGUCGCGAGGGUUGCUGUGUUUCUGGGGUUUGAGGCGACGUUUACGACUGGCUCUGAGGUUUUGGUUGAUGGGGGGUUGGUUUCUUUUAAUAAGGCGAGUAAUAGCUAGCGCUAACUUGAUACGCAAAGUGUCCAUAGGUCAAUGUCAAUAUCAAUUAGAUGCCGUCGCUUUCCACAACCCUCUCCUCCAGUCGGGGAGAUAGCGGCGUCCGCGCAACAAUAUACUGUGUCAACACCUCAUCCUGCGUAUCCAGCGUGAUAAAGUCAUCUGUAGCCUCGAAUAUAUUGUCGCCUCCGCCUGCCAGGAAGUCCAGAGUAACCACCCGGUAGUCCCGGCCGUCUUCAAUGGCUUCACCGUCGAGAGUAACAUCGACAAGCCUGCUCCCAGCCUCGUUCUGCGGGUUAUACUGGAUAAGCACACCCCUCGAAACCUGGAACCACGAGGUAAUCUCCUGGUUAUUAAACUGGUUGACAUAGGACACC